CUCAAUUCCCAUCCUCCAAAUUGUAACAUCCCAACGAGAGGAAACGACGAUCCGAGCGAUGGCACCAUUCAAACCACGCGGCCGAGGCUCAUACAGUUCGUUCCGAGGCCGGGGGCGAGGCGGAUACAAGCCCGGUGGAGGACGCGGCGGCGGGACCAAAGGGCCGGGGGGAGUGAACCGGACGGCGGACGGGCUGGUACUCGAGAAUGACCAGGAUCGCGAGGGUACAGAAAGUCUAGAGAAGUGGAACCGAGCCCAACAGGAUCGGGAAAUCGACGAGUCGCUCGGCUUCGUGCGCUUCGAUCAGGGCCAGCCAAGGGUCGGCUGGCUGAUCAACAUCCAACCUACCCUCGUCCAGGAGGCUUUGGGUCCGCAGACCGAUAAGGCCGAAGGCCCGUCACAGCCCAGCGCUGCAGUUGACCUCUAUUUCCUCCAGGACGAUGGCAGCAUGUUCCGGUCCACGCUCAUCUAUCAUCCCUACUUCCUCAUCGCCAGCAGGGUCGGAAAAGAGGCCGAGGUCGAGGAAUGGAUUCGCAAAAAGUACGACGGUCAGGUGAUGAAAGUCGAAGGCGUGAUCAAGGAAGAUUUGAAAUUGCCAAACCAUCUAGCCGGCCAUAAACGGCGAUUUCUCAAGCUGGUUUUCCGGAAUGUUGACCAGCUGUUACGAGUUCGACGAGACCUGUUGGCGGUCGCGUUGAGCAACAACGCAAAGAUGGAUGCGCUGGACAGUUAUGCUGAGGUAGUCAAGGCGGGCCGAGGCGAGUUUGAUGGAAUGGACAUCGAGGACUUUGACUCUCUUGACUUUAACGGUGUCCAAGAUACCCUCGGCGGAACCGCUUCCAGGAAGGGCAAACUACGCAGCCUCGUCUCCAAGUCCAAUUCUCUCCAGCCUGCCGCUACUCUUCCUUCAGAAUGGAUCGUCGACAUUCGAGAGUAUGACAUCCCGUACUAUCUCCGGGUCGCCAUCGACAAAAACUUGCGAGUCGGACUCUGGUACACCGUCGCCAUCGAGCAAAACAAUGUCACCUGUACGAUAAUCCCAGAACGAGUAGAACGAGCUGAACCGGUGGUGAUGGCGUACGAUAUCGAGACCACUAAGGCUCCACUCAAAUUCCCGGACUCAGCCAACGAUCAAAUUAUGAUGAUCUCUUACAUGAUCGAUGGGCAGGGCUUUUUGAUCACUAAUCGUGAGAUCGUCGCCGACGAUAUCGCUGAUUUCGAUUAUUCCCCCAAGCCGGAGUACGAGGGUCAAUUUACGAUCUUCAAUGAAGAGAACGAGCUGGCCUUGAUUCGCCGAUGGUUUGAUCACAUCCGCGACGCCCGACCGACGGUGAUGGCCACCUACAACGGAGACAGCUUCGAUUUCCCCUUCGUCUAUGCUCGAGCGGCCAUCCAUGGGCUCGACAUGUUCAAGGAGAUUGGCUUCAAUCCGGACUCGGAGUCCGAAUUCAGAUCCAGGACUUGCAUUCACAUGGAUUGUUUCAAAUGGGUCAAGCGUGAUUCUUACCUGCCUCAGGGAAGCCAAGGCCUCAAGGCCGUCACCGUUGCCAAACUGGGCUAUAAUCCUAUCGAGCUCGAUCCUGAGCUGAUGACUCCAUACGCGGUCGAACAACCUCAGAUCUUGGCUCAAUACUCCGUCUCCGACGCUGUUGCCACAUACUAUCUUUACAUGAAAUAUGUUCAUCCCUUCAUAUUCUCCCUGUGUAACAUCAUUCCUUUGAAUCCGGAUGAAGUAUUGCGGAAAGGCUCCGGUACCUUGUGCGAAACUCUUCUUAUGGUUGAGGCAUUCAAUAGUAGUAUCAUCAUGCCGAAUCGCCACACUGAUCCUCAUGGUACCAUGUACAACGGCCACCUCCUUGAAAGUGAAACAUACGUUGGAGGCCAUGUGGAGGCCUUGGAAGCUGGUGUUUUUCGCUCUGACAUCCUUUCAGAUUUUAAAUUGGUACCAAGCCGAUGUCAGCAGCUCAUCGACGAGCUCGAUAGUGCUUUAAAAUUCAGCAUAGUCGAGGAGGGGCAGUACGCGUUGGAAGAUGUUGUCAAUUACGAUGAUGUCAGAGCGGCUAUUCAGGAAGCCUUGGAGACUAUGCGCGAUGAGCCCGACCGGCAGGAGUUCCCAUUGAUCUAUCAUCUUGAUGUUGCCGCCAUGUAUCCCAACAUCAUGUUGUCAAAUCGACUCCAGCCGGAUUCCGUCGUCAGUGAAGGGAUGUGCGCCGCAUGCGAUUAUAACCGACCCAAUAAAACUUGUGAUCGGCGGAUGCAGUGGGCUUGGAGAGGGGAAUACUUUCCUGCCAAACUGGAUGAAUACAAGAUGAUUCGAAACGCCAUCGAAUCCGAAGUCUUUCCAUCCAAGAAACCUGGCCAACCGCCCCGCAAGUUUGGCGACUUGGCACCCGCCGAACAAACAACCCUUCUACAUAAACGGUUGGGCGACUAUUCCCGUAAGGUUUAUAGGAAAACUCACGAGACUACAAUCGAGGAAAAAACGGCCAUCAUUUGUCAACGAGAGAAUCCCUUCUACAUCGACACUGUCAGAGCCUUUCGUGACAGGAGAUAUACAUAUAAAGGUUUACAUAAGACUUGGAAGAAGAAGGCCGACCAAGCUCAACAGGAGGGUCGCUCGGUGGGCGAAAUCGCCGAAGCGAAGAAGAUGAUUGUGAUCUAUGAUUCUCUUCAGCUUGCGCACAAAUGUAUCUUGAAUUCUUUCUAUGGCUAUGUGAUGAGGAAAGGUGCACGCUGGCAUUCUAUGGAGAUGGCUGGGAUCACAUGUUUGACCGGAGCAAGAAUCAUCCAAGCCGCGCGUGAAAUUAUUGAAGAAGUCGGCCGACCCUUGGAACUGGAUACCGAUGGGAUCUGGUGCAUGCUACCUAAGAUCUUUCCCGACAACUUUACCUUCAAACUCACCAAUGGGAAAACCCAUGCGAUCUCAUAUCCUUGCUCCAUCUUGAACCAUCUGGUUCACCAAAGAUUUACUAAUGACGCAUAUCAUCAAUGGAACCCUGAAACCAAGACCUAUGAUGUCAGGAACGAAAACAGUAUCUUCUUCGAACUCGACGGUCCUUACCGGGCUAUGAUUCUACCCUCCUCGAAGGAAGAAGACAAGCUGCUCAAGAAGCGUUACGCCGUUUUCAACCCCGAUGGCUCUCUUGCUGAAUUAAAAGGGUUUGAAGUCAAAAGGCGUGGUGAAUUACAGCUCAUCAAGAUCUUUCAAACCUCAAUUUUUGAAAAAUUCCUUGUCGGAGACGACCUGAAGGCAUGUUAUGAUGCUGUAGCUCAGGUGGCUAAUCGAUGGCUCGACGUAUUGGCAACCAAGGCUAUUAGCAUGCACGAUGAAGAACUGAUCGACCUCAUUUCUGAAAAUCGAAGCAUGUCUAAAACCUUGGCGGAGUAUGGGGCUCAGAAGUCAACAUCGAUCAGAACGGCUAAGCGCCUGUCUGAAUUUUUGGGUAAUCAGAUGGUCAAGGAUAAAGGGUUGUCUUGUCGCUUUAUCAUCUCCGCCAAACCCCAUGGCUCGCCGGUGACCGAUCGAGCUGUCCCGGUCGCCAUCUUCUCCGCAGAGCCUUCAGUUCAGAAACACUUUUUGCGAAAAUGGCUCAAAGAUAACUCCUUGGUCGAUUUGUCAUUAAGGUCAAUCCUGGAUUGGGGUUAUUACACCGAGCGGCUUGGAUCAGUCAUCCAAAAAUUGAUCACCAUUCCAGCUGCUAUGCAAAAAGUACUCAAUCCGGUCCCCAGAAUCCAUCAUCCUGAUUGGCUCGCGAGACGAUUGGCAACCCGUGAGGAUACCUUCAAGCAACAUAAGAUAGAUGACAUGUUCGCGCGACAAGCUCCUCUGUCUGCCGAAGAUCUCGAAGCCCUUCGCGCUGUAAAGCAGAAGAAAGCAGACGCCCUCGCCCGCAAGGAGCCCCCAAGUCUUCCACCCCUUCCCAAGCCAUCAUUCCAUAUCGAUUAUUCUGGAUGGAUUGCUGCAAUGAAACCCAUCUGGCGCGCCCAACGGACAGCCAAGAAGGCAACAAGCGGCUCAAAAUUUGUACCAGGUAGCAUCGCUUCAAUGUUACAUGUCCAAAACCUCAAAGUGGUUAGCCAUUCUUCCCAUCUCGAACUUGUCCAACUCUCACCCAACCCACUAAAACCUGGAGAAUUCCAAGCCUGGGUAUUAUUCAACGAUGUUCUCCAGCCCGCCCGAAUUACCGUCUUGCGCGAGUUCUACGUCAACCUCAAGCAUGAGCCCGGGCCCGAUUUCUUUCCCGAAUCGUGCAUGGCUGAACCAAUCGUGAAAACCCUUCCUAGAUCACAGGCCCGUAUCAAUCUCUUCAAGAUAUCCGUAACCGAGAAAUCUUACAUUGAGGAUGCCUCUUAUUAUCAAAAGAUGGUCACUUCUCCGGAGGUUGAAGGGGUGUAUGAACGUCAGGUUCCAUUGCUGCAGCGCGCUUUGAUCAGGCUUGGUGCAACUUGCUCCCUGUCUUCUCAAAGUCGACUCUCACUUGUAGACGGAAUAGACAAAGGGUUUGACUUGUCCGACUUGACGAGCUUGGAACAGCAGGUCUCCCAACGACGAUACCUUGACAAGGGCAAAGCGAUUCGCUAUGUUCUUGUUUAUCACUUCCAAUCUGGCAGCCGACACGCAGUCGGUAUCUUCAAUACAAACGCUGCUGCCCAAAUCUUUAUCACCGAUCGUUCUUCCGCCCCGCAAGUACCAAACAUACAAAAGUAUUACAAGAAUGUGCUCAAUUCACGGCUUGCAAUCAUGGAGAAAGAACCAGGUGUUUUCGAGUAUGAUCCCAAUAUGCUAGUCGAGGUCACAAAUGUUGCAACGGAGACCUUAGCGUUGAAAGCUAUCAGCCGUGAGCUGGCCCUGCUCAAAGGUCAAAAGACAGGUCCCGGCUACGUUUUGAUGAUUCAUUCAAUGAAAGAUCUGUCCUAUUACCAAGAAAAAGUCUUAUCGGUUUCGAAAUAUCCGGUUGUGAUGGUGCAUUCUAGUCAAGCCGAUAACAAAUUUGAAGCGUUUGGCUGGCAGCGCUUUGCUGCUGAGAGGAUGGUACAACACUACGUCCGUGCAUCGUCCUUCCUCCGUGAACGAGUCGCUCAAGCCGAACAAUUUGAUGUACCCGUUGCCAACUUCGAGAUGGAUGCACCUCGAAGCUUGAUGGACCUUGAAUUUGCCAGAAGGCUCACUAAGGCUGACCAUCUCAUCUGGUGGUCUGCAUCUCGAAAACCUGACCUUGGGGGGAAGGAAGCCGAUCUGAACACCGAGCUUGUUAUGGAUGUCUUGUCCAAUCCUGAAAUUAGUGUGAUGGGUGCUUACUCAGAUGCCUCUGUUGAGCUCACCAUCCAACACCUCGCCAUGAAUUCGGUACUACAAUCUUCCUGGGUCUAUGAGAUCUCAGGAGGGACUGGCGGCUCACUGGGCUUUCAAGACGCUUCACAUAACUUAGAUGAUUACUCUAAAGGCUCGGUUGCAUCCUCUCUCCUAGGAGAUUCCGAUCUGCCUGUCCAAACGUUCACGUUGUUCCGUACGAUGGUCCGGGCGUGGAUUGCGGAAUCUGCAAGAGCUGGCACGGGACAUCACUAUGUGGGGCUCAUCAAGCACUUCUGGAGAUGGUUGAGCUCGUCAUCUUCAAGCAUGUUUGAUCCCGCUCUCUAUCGGUUUGUCCAUGGCUUGAUGAAGAAAGUGUUCUCGCAAUUAUUGGCCGAGUUCAGACGACUGGGAACAAGAAUUAUUUACGCAGACUUUGGGCGAAUUUUUCUUCUAACUUCCAAACCUAACUCGGCUAGUGCCUUGGCUUAUGCGUCGUACAUUGUAACAGCUAUCAAUGGCAGAGAUUUAUUCAAGUUUCUUGAAUUGGAUAUCGUGCGCUUUUGGGAACAACUGCUCUGGGUGGACGCAACCAACUUUGCGGGUAUCACCUGCGGUGAUCCUCUGAAAGCUUCCGACUCAGAGGUAGUUGAGAAUAUUGACAUGAACUGGAACAUGGUCAAUUUCCUGCCACCGGCCCUUCAGCAAGAUUUUCUACACGUCGUUUGUCUGUACGUGUAUGACCUUCAUCAAUGCCAUGGCCAAGCCAGUAGCAAUGACCAAAUCCAAUUGGAGGUCGAUCGAAAACAGAUCGAAGCCCAGCUCUUGCGCUCCCUAGUCAAUUCCAAGAUCACACGCCAAACACUAAAGAUUGUCAACCAAAUAAUUGAGCGACAAAACAAAGCUGCUGCCGAUGAUGAGCUCCGAACAACAUUUGAUUUCCCUAGACUUCCUGGCUCACAUAUCGCAAUGAAGAAGCCGGUACUAGAGUUUGUCAAGAUGGUAUGUUUCGUGAUGGAGUUGGCGACGCUUGUGACGGCCGAAGUCCGAAUCAUGAAGCGGGUCCUACUCGACUUGAUUGGUGUCCGAGAGUUCUCGAACGAGGCGGUUUUCAAGAACCCGUGUAUCCCGUUCAAGAUUCCGGAUACGAUCUGCAGGCACUGCAGUGCCGUCCGAAGCUUCGACUUGUCGCGGGACUCGGACCUUCUGGCGAGCGCGUCAACCCGCCGGGUCGGCCAGCCGCCAGAAUGGCUGUGCGGGCAUUGUGGCCAGUCUUACGACCGGCUGGGGAUCGAAGCCAUGCUGAUCGAGCAAUUGCACAAGCAAGUGGCCUCCUUCCAGCUCCAGGAUCUGCGCUGCUCGCGGUGCGCCCAGCUCAAGGAAGACACCAUGAGCCUCAGAUGCCCUUGCUCUGGUGAAUACAUCCUCGCCGGUGACGCCGGCUCACAGGCUGACCGCCCCUCUUCCGCCCACCUCGAGAGACGCCUUGCGGUCGCCCGCUCGGUAGCCGAGGCCCACCAACUUGACGUCCUCCUGGAAUUCGUCCAAUGGCUCAAUUCACAAAUCGCUUGAAGUCCCUCAUCUUCAUCCUUUCAGGGGUUGGCCUAGGCUUUCUUCAAGUAUUCUCUUUGACUCAGUCUAUGACUUGUGUACAAUUUAUCCACUCUACCAUCCAACGGUCUCUCAACUAUACCAACCAUCAUCAUCAUUUGUUCAUUUCUCUUUCUUCAUAGAUGCAACCCUUAUCUCUCAUAAAAUGGGGAUAUACACCCCUUUGAAUUCAUGUAUAUGUAUGCACCUCGUCAUUAUUUCUUCAUUUCUACUUCCUUACUUUUUGUUAUCUGUAUUUUUUUUUUCUAUCUUUCUUCAUGUAAUAUUGGACAUUGUACAUAUGAAUGUUUGGGUUCUAUUACAAACACAAGUUUUUUUGGUGUUGGGGCUUUCAAGUUAACUAAAAGCCCAGGGAUUGGUCAAUCAAAACUUCAAAUUGAUCAUGAGUGCAG